CUUUCGAUUGCGGUGGGCCUUUGCCGUAAGCAGCGGCCGCCGGCUUAGCUAGCAGCGCUCACUCCUCCUGCAACAUGCUCCUGCGCGCUGUGGUGCAGCGCGCGCGCGGCGCGAGCCUUCGCGCCGCAAGGCCCGUUGCUGUGAGCAAUGCCUCCCGGCAGUUCUCGCUCGCCCUCACCCAGAAACCGCAGCAGCCGGCGCUCGGCCGGUUCGCGCGGUUGCUGAGCGUGGAAGACGUCCCCGUGCCGAGCAUGGGCGACUCCAUCACGGAGGGUACCGUCGUCGAGUGGACGGCGCAGGUCGGCGACGGCGUGGCCGUCGACGACGUCGUGGUCGUCAUCGAGACGGACAAGGUGAGCGUCGAGGUGCGGACGCCGGUGGGCGGCGCGAUCACGGAGCACCUCGCGGAGGUGGAUGCUGUGGUCGAGGUCGGCCAGCCGCUCUUCAAGGUCGACACGGCCGCCGAGGGCGCCGCCAAGGCCGCGCCGGCGCCGGCGCCCGUCGCCGCGGCGCCCGAGGAGGCCACGCCGGCGCCGGCGGCGCCGGCGCCCGCCCCGACGCCGGCGCCGGCCCCGGCGCCGACGCCCGCCGCGCCGGCGCCGGCGCCCCCCGCCGCGGGCGAGGCCUCGCGCGCGGAGACGCGCGUCAAGAUGAACCGCAUGCGUUUGCGCAUCGCCGAGCGCCUCAAGGAGGCCCAGAACACGGCGGCCUGCCUCACGACCUUCCAGGAGUGCGACAUGGGCGCGUUGAUGGAGCUCCGGAAGACGCACAAGGACGAGUUCGAGCAGGUGCAUGGGGUGAAGCUCGGGUUUAUGUCGGCCUUCGUCAAGGCCUCGACGGCGGCUUUAUUGGAGACGCCGGCGGUGAACGCCUAUAUCGACGAUGCGGCGAAGGAGAUUGUCUAUAGAGACUACUGCGACGUGAGUGUGGCGGUCGCGUCGCCCGCGGGGCUCGUGGUGCCCGUUUUGAGGAACACGGAGCAGAUGUCCUUCGCUGAUGUUGAAAAAUCAAUUCAAGCCUACGCCAUGAAGGCCAGAGACGGUUCUUUAUCGCUGGAGGAGAUGUCGGGCGGGACGUUCACGAUUUCCAACGGGGGCGUGUUUGGUUCUUUGAUGGGCACGCCCAUCCUCAACCCGCCGCAGUCGGCCAUCCUGGGCAUGCACGCGACGAAGAUGCGCGCCGUGGUCAAGGACGGUGAAGUGCAAGCGCGGCCGAUGAUGUACCUCGCGCUCACGUACGACCACCGCAUGAUCGACGGCCGCGAGGCGGUCACGUUCCUCAAGUCCGUGGCGACCAAGAUCGAGGACCCGGGGCGCUUCCUGCUCGGGCUCUAG